AUGCCUACUGCUAAGGGUACUUUCAAGCGUGUCUCGAAGAACAGAAUCGAAGCAUCGUUCGUCAUCAACGAUAUUCUGGAAACAUAUGAUGCCGAUGUCAACCCAGCUCUUCCGCCAUUCACCUCGAACAAUUGCACCCUCACCUACGACGAUCCGGAAAAGAUGACAGGCACAAAAUCAUUUAAAGGCAGCAUUGGAAUGGAACCUUUCCAGCUCACCCUCAACGAUGGCCUUACAAUCGCUGGCACGCUUAACGUCCCUGGCUUAGACCAUGGUUAUACGGUCGACGGCCGCGGGCAAUGGAGCGAGGAUUAA